AGUAUGAGUAGUAGAGAACGUGCGGAAACCGUGCAACUGCGAAAGCAGGACGGGCAGACCUUGCGCAGCGUGGGCCACGCUUUUCGUUCCUGGACCUGCAUCAUGACUGCCGCAAACGUUCUCUUCCCCAUCCCACAUGCCCAAAUUGUUUCGGGUUUCACGACUGCCCCUGCUGUCUCUCUGGCGCACGUUGCGCACGUUGCGCUAUCCGACUCCAACCUCGGCGUACACAAGGUCUCUCGUCACUCGCACGAUGUUGUCGUCCCACCUUACGCAGACUCAGCACAUCCCGCUGCCUGGGAGGCCGUCUUUGCGCAGGGUAGCAUCAACCCCGGGAACAAGACGGCGCCGCCAGGCGGCUUUGGGUUCUAUAUGCACGGUCCGGAGACGUGGCGGCACGAGCUCGAGCGGUGUGGGGGGCGGCAGGAGGUCGUCAUGAGCUACGAGGUCCUGUUUGAGGAUGGCUGGGAGUGGCAGAGGGGCGGGAAGUUGCCGGGCAUCUACGGCGGCAUCGGCGCGUUCGCGUACGGGUGCAGCGGCGGACGACAAGAGAGUCGAUGCAAGUGCUUCGAUCUGCGGCUCAUGUGGAGGCAGGGCGGCAAGAGCGAGCUCUAUGCCUACAUCCCGCUGAACGACACGAACACCGCCGCGCUCUUGAACGUGCCACAAUCACACCGCAACCCUGAUUACGGUUUCUCUGUUGGCCGUGGCCUCUGGACGUUCGCACCGGGACACUGGACGGUCGUCGCAGAGCGCGUGAGGAUGAACACUGUGGGUCACGCAGAUGGCGAAAUCGAAGUCUUCAUCGAUGGCCAGUCCGUGCUCCACGCUACAGGGCUCAUUCUGCGCGACACUGACGCGGCUGAGUCCUCCGUUCAGGGUCUGCACUUCCAGACGUUCUUUGGAGGGAGUUCGGAAGAGUGGGCGUGCCCGAAAGACCAGAAGGCGUGGUUCACGAACGUCUCUGGUGCCAUUUUGAGGGCGGAACCUGCCCACGACGAACUCUGAAUUAUCUUGUCUUCGAGACCGGGAAGGUUCGGAAACCAGAACUGGACGAACUGUGUACUCUACGGAAUAUCUGAUCAAAUAAUUCACAUACCUGAAGUCAGGUCGCC